AUGUCAACAAGAGGUGGCUUCAUUCGGCUCACAAUUCUGGUGACGGCGUCCCUCUUGGCGAUCUUCAUCCUCCUCAGUGCUCUGCAGCGCACGGAUAACCUGAGACCCACGGACUUGAGCCUAUAUGGCGGCAGUGCAGAGAAUGGGCUUGCUGGGAAGGUAACUCCGCCCCCGAUUCGCCACCUGGAGGAGCCCAUCAAGGAGGAACUUGUGCGGCAGCUGGAGCAGGAACUGCCGGAGGUGGACUAUGGCUUCUGGUACCAUUGGGCCAAGCCCCUGGCCUACAAGAUAAACAAAACGUGCGCUGUGUAUCCCGAUCCUCUGGAUCUGAAGCUGCACAACAUUUACUGGCAGACCUUCGUCAACUCGAACGUGACCUUUCGGCUGUACGCCGCGUACUUCGACGAACGGAAAGGGCUAAAACUGCCUACGGUGAGGAUUUUGGCCACUGCCAAUCAGAUCGGCGACGCGUUUCCCCCAACCCAUUGCCAAAUGUGGUACGAGAACUAUCGGGAGCCAAUCCUCGUGCCCGUGUCGGAGUUCCUGAGUGUGUGGGUCAAGGGGUGGGGCUCCAAGCCGAAUCUCAACUACCCGCAUCUGCUGAGCUGUCCGAUUCCCACGGAACUGCCGCCGCCUGCGAUUAACGCCUUUCCAAAAACCGUGUCACUCGUUGCGCGCCACUGCGAGAAGGCCAGUAAUUCGCUGAGGGUCAACGUGAAUCAGAAGCAGCCAGUGUCAGUGGAGAUCGCGUCCUUGCAAGGUUCCAAAUCCCCAAAUGCCACAAAUGAAGCUCCUUUGAGCUUCGGCGUCUGCCUCAAGGGAUUCGAUUUUCCGUAUGUGGAUUUAUCAGAGCGCCUCAUCGAGUGGUUUGAACUGCAGCGCAUUCUGGGCGCCUCGCGGAUCUACGCCUAUAUGUACGAUGUGCAUCCCGCGGUGCAGAGGGUCCUCGACUAUUAUCAGCGCACUGGAUACCUGGAGCUGCGACCCCUGACCCUGGCCAAUGGCAUGCCCAGACUGAGGCACUACCAGCACAUGCUGCUGCAGCAGAGGAAGCUGGAGAAGAGACUGAACGAACUGAUACCCUACAACGAUUGCUUCUACAGGAAUCUGUACCGCCACGACUAUCUGGUUAACGUGGACGUGGACGAGGUGAUAAUGCCGCUGGGCGAAAACCGCAAUUGGCAUCAGUUGGUGCAAAAGACCCACGCCUCGGAGGUUGAGAAGGGCGGCAGGUGUGCAGGUCGCUUCCCCGCCUUGUGCUUCAUCAACUCGUACUUCACCAAAGUGCCCACCGAGUUCAGCAACCACGAGGAGCAGGCCAUCGCCGGCGAACUGUAUGUCCUCCAGCACACGCAGCGGAUGAGGAACUACUCGAGGCCGGGCAUGGCCACCAAGUGUUUCCACAAUGCCCGCCUGUCCCUGGCGCUGCACAACCACUUCACCCUCCAGUGGCUGCCCGGCGGUUGCAAUUCGCGGACCGUAGACACGUCGAUUGCCCAGAUGCAGCACUACCGGGAACCCGACAACAAGUAUAAUCAAACCGAUCUGACGGAUGAUCGCAGUGUCUGGAAGUUUGCCGGCGAACUGCGAGCCGCCGUGGAGUAUGUGUGGCUUCAUCUGGACGAUGUGAUGGCCCAAAUCAGCGAUCCCGAGGAGCAGCAACAGCAGCUGGAGGAGUCACUGGACCAGGAAGUCGACGAGCUGCCUCUUCAGCCAUUAGUUCUGCUGCCGCCGCAGCCUGUAUCAUAA